AUUAAUAACAUCUCUCUCUCUACUCUCUACUCUCUGCUCUCUAAUCAAAUUACAAUUCCAUUUGUAUAUCAUAUUAUCAUAUAAUCAUAUUUUCCAUUACUAAAACUAUUUUAUUAUUAUCAUUAAUAACAACAAUCUUCUUUCUCAAAUCCCACUCCCACUCUACUCGCCCUAUCAUUUGCUUGUGCCCCUUUCUCUACCUUCCUCUCUCUUAACUUCUCUUCUUCAUUUUCCCCUUUCCCCCAAAGCUCAAUCCCUAAUCCCUAAUCCCUAAUCUCUCUCUCUCAACGCUUCUAUUUCGGAAAUAUCAUCCCAAACCGCAUCCUUUUGUUUCCCCACGAUUUUUUUAUCAAUGGCAGGAAGAGAGGUUCGGGAGUAUACUAACCUUACCGAUCCUAAAGAUAAGAAAUGGGGUAAGUCCGGCAAGGACAGGAUAGACGACGAAGAAAUUACCUUCCAGCGCAUGGUCGCCAAGAUGCAAGAGGUUGCUGGAGAACGUGGAGGAUACCUUCAUGGACGAGGCGCGAUGAUUUGCUUUAUCUCAAGGAGCAGAUGGAAGCUGAGGAAGAUGCAGAGCGGCUUCUACGCCGCACAGAGAAACGAGCAUUUGCUGCAUUUAAGGGCUGUUGCUGAAACUUCCCCCGCAUCAGUUCCCUUGCCACUUCGUGUGGAGCCUAAGCCCAAGAGCGGAAUUAGGCAGCAAGACUUACUAAAGAGGGUGGUGGAAGUCAAGCCAAAGCGGCUGAGAGUUGCAAGCCCAUCUAGUAUUGAUCCAUCCUUAACAACUUUGAGUGGACGAACAACACAUCAAGCUAUGAAUGACCAUGAGGAGGAGAAAGGUCAGUCUUCCACUAGAUUCAGCAAAGUGGGAGAUGGUGCAAAGUUGGAUAACCCAGUUAAAAGUUUGCUGGCUGCAUACGAAAGUUCUGACGAUGAAGACUGAUCCUUGGGAUGUGAUCAUGCUUUUUCUUCCUCUGCCUCAGUGCUAUGUGUUUCUCUUCUAACGAUGCUCUGUAGUUCGUUAGCACAUAAUUAGAUCUAAAAGUUACCUUGGGUCAUGGAUUUUUUGUUAAAGAUAUGGUUCAGUUAUUCCUUGUCCUUU